GAAAGACAAAGAUGGCUUCGCAAAAUCUUGUAGCGCUGGAGGAAGAUGACGUUAUCAGCGGGGCUCAGCUCAUCGCGGAAGCCCUGAAGACUCAAAACAUUGAGUAUAUGUUUGGCAUUGUUGGUAUUCCUGUGACAGAAAUAGCAAUUGCUGCGCAAGCAAGUGGAAUUAAAUAUAUAGGAAUGCGCAAUGAACAAGCUGCCUCUUAUGCGGCUUCUGCUGUGGGGUUUCUGACAGCUCGGCCUGGAGUAUGCCUUGUAGUUUCUGGUCCUGGUCUUGUAAAUGCUCUGGCUGGAAUGGCAAAUGCAAACAUGAAUUGCUGGCCAUUGAUUGUCAUUGGAGGCUCCUCCAACAGAAAUCAAGAAACAAUGGGAGCUUUUCAAGAAUUUCCACAGGUUGAAGCCUGCAGACUUUACAGCAAAUUUUCUGUCAGACCAAACAGUCUAGAAGCUAUUCCUGCAGUUAUCGAGAAGGCUGUCAGAACCAGCAUUUAUGGACGCCCAGGUGCCUGCUAUAUUGACAUACCUGGAGACUUUGUCAAUCUGACAGUGAAGAAAAACUCUGCCAAGUACAUUGGCUGCUGUCCAGCACCUCCUAUCAGUAUGGCUGAAGAGAUGACCAUUUCUAAAGCAGUUUCAUUUAUUUUACAAUCCAAGAAACCACUUCUAAUUAUUGGCAAAGGUGCUGCUUAUUCACGUGCUGAAAACAGCAUCAGGAAGUUGGUGGACCAAUGUGGGCUUCCAUUUUUGCCUACGCCAAUGGGGAAGGGUGUUGUUCCUGACAAUCAUCCAUACUGUGUGGCUGCAGCCAGAUCUAGGGCACUACAAUAUGCUGAUGUGAUAGUAUUACUUGGAGCCAGACUAAAUUGGAUUCUGCAUUAUGGACUUCCACCAAGGUUUCAUCCAGAUGUGAAGGUUAUUCAGGUAGACAUUUGUGCUGAAGAGUUGGGAAACAAUGUGAAACCUGCUGCAGCCUUGUUGGGGGACAUAAAAGCAGUGACUGAGCAGCUUUUAGAUCGAUUUAACAGAACGCUUUGGAAAUAUCCUUCGGAUACAGACUGGUGGAAAGAUCUUUGGGCCAAAAUGCAGAGCAAUGAGGCAACAUCUAAGGCACUAUCACUACAAAAGCAAUUGCCAAUGAAUUACUACACAGUAUUCCACCAUGUGAGGGAACUCUUGCCAAAGGACUGUAUUCUGAUCAGUGAGGGAGCAAAUACUAUGGAUAUUGGGCGCACCAUGCUUCCAAACUAUCUCCCCCGCCACAGGCUUGACGCUGGUACCUUUGGGACAAUGGGAGUCGGGCUUGGUUUUGCAAUUGCAGCUGCUACAGUAGCUAAAACCCAUAAUCCUGAGCAGCGAGUGGUCUGUAUAGAAGGAGAUAGUGCCUUUGGUUUCUCUGGUAUGGAAGUGGAGACUAUUUGCAGGCAUAACUUGCCCAUCAUAAUAAUCAUAAUCAACAACAAUGGAAUAUACACCGGCUUGGACUCAGAGACUUGGAAGGAUAUACUGAAGCUUGGAGAACCUUCUACAUAUGCACCUCCAGUAGCUCUGUUGCCAGAUGCUCACUAUGAGCAGAUUAUGUCUGCCUUUGGUGGAAAAGGGUACUUUGUACGAACACCAGAAGAAUUACAGGCUGCUCUGAAGAUAAGCCUAGCAGAAAAGCUUGUGCCUUCUCUCCUUAAUGUCAUGAUCAACCCACUGUCAGACAGGAAGAAGCAAGAUUUUCACUGGCUGACCCGUUCUAACAUGUAACAUAAGAUGAAAGGACUGGAAUCAUGAGCAAAAUGCCUAUGUAAACUCAACAGAUGUCCAGGUUCCACGGUAUAAUUGCUAGCUGUUUCUGCAAAUUGAGUGAUCCUGUUGAUUGUCAUGUGUGAGAAAGGAUCACUAAUUACAUACAGACCUGUACUUUACUGUUUUGGGGAGAGAAAUGGCACCUGGCUGGCAACAUUCUCUCUUUUUCCACUGCUGCGAACAACCCAUGGAAGCAUUUACUUUAAUGCCUGCCCCAAACCUUAAAGCAAGAGAGGUACAUCACAUACUGAUUCACUUUUGCUUUUUCUGUAUUUUUACAGCAAGGGAAUGCAACAGAGCCCUCUCUGUGUCUUUCACUAGUGCAACCUUCCCCAUGCUAUGUACCAUCUAGAUGUAUGACAUAACUCCUGUUGAAAUCAGUAGGUCUUAAACCUACUCAGCAAAAGCAUGGAGUAUGCAUUUUGCAUACUGAUUGUAAUUAUGGCAUUUCCCCACAGUUUAUAAUUUUAUAAACACUGAAUAAAUAUUUUUCCCAAAUUAAA